GCCGGGCCGGGCGGCGGGGAGGCCGUGCUGAGCCGUGCCGUGCCGGGGGGGGGAGCGGGCCCGGGGAAGCGGGGCGGGCGGAGCGGGGGGGCAAGCCCCGCUCGGAGCAGCCGGCGCGGCGGCUCCGGCAGGUGGCACUGGCCGCCUCCCCCGGCCGCCUCCCCCGCGCCCCCCCCGGCCCGGGCUCCGCCGCCGCGCUCAGUCCGCCGGCGCCGAUGCUGCUGAGCGGAGCGGCCGCCGGCUCGGAGCGCGGCGGCGGCGGGGCGGGGGCGGCCGCGGGGGCCGGGGGCGCUCCGCAGUGCGUGGGCACCAUGGCCCGCUGGCUCCGCGAGCACCUGGGCUUCCGCAGCGCCAAGCCCGCGCCCCCCGCGCCGCCCAAGCCCGACUACCGCGCCGGGCCGCCCCCGCAGCCCCCCCCGCCGCCCGGGGGCGCCGCCGAGCCGCUGGCCGCCGCCCAGCCCGACAUCGUGGCGGCCUACCGGCUGCAGAAGGAGCGCGACUUCGAGGACCCCUACAGCGGGGCGCCGCCGCCCGCCGCCCCCGACGGGCCCCGCUACGUCUCGCCCAAGCACCGGCUGAUCAAGGUGGAGACGGUGGAGAAGGCGCCCGCCAGCCCCCCGCCGCCGCCGCUGCCCCCCGCCGCCCCCAGCUCGCCGCCGGCCGGCCCGGAGCCGCCCGAGGAGCCGCCGCAGGAGCUGGCUGUCCUGGAGGACUACGCAGAUCCCUUCGAUGCGGCGCAGGUGGCUGGUAGCCAGGCAGGGCUGGAGAAGGUGACGGAGAACGAUGGAUACAUGGAGCCAUAUGAAGCCCAGAAGAUGAUGGCAGAGAUCCGCCAGAAGGGCUUACGGGAGGCUCCAGCACGGCCGCUGCACCUCUACGACACCCCCUACGAGCCAGUGCUUGCGGGGCUGGACGUGGACGGUGACCGCCCGCCUUGUCCCCGGCCCAGGGAGUCCCGGCUGCCCGAGGACGACGAGCGGCCGCCCGAGGAGUACGACCAGCCCUGGGAGUGGAAGAAGGAGCGGAUCUCCAAAGCCUUUGCAGUCGAAAUCAAGGUCAUUAAAGACCUGCCAUGGCCCCCGCCGGUGGGACAGCUGGACAGCGGUGAAAGCCCCGCGGAUGGCGAGGCCGGUGCCCCCGUCCCUCCGCAGCACGGCCAGCCCAGCUACGAAGACACCAACGGUGUGUCAGAGGGGCUGGGGUACGGCCGCACCUCGCCCUGCCGGGAGGACAAGGCCAGGGCUGCCCUCCGGCACGGCUCCGGCGGCCUCAAGAGCACCAGGACGCUGCUGGCCGAGCCCGGUCCCUUUGUCGGGGAGAGGAUCGACCCGGCGCUGCCCCUGGAGAGCCAGUGCUGGUACCACGGGGCCAUCAGCCGGACGGACGCGGAGACGCUGCUGCGGCUGUGCAAGGAGGCCAGCUACCUGGUGCGCAACAGCGAGACCAGCAAGAACGACUUCUCCCUCUCCUUGAAGAGCAGCCAGGGCUUCAUGCACAUGAAACUGUCCCGCACCCAGGAGAACAAGUACGUGCUGGGCCAGCACAGCCCGCCCUUCGACAGUGUGCCGGAGAUCAUCCACCACUACGCCAGCCGCAAGCUGCCCAUCAAGGGUGCUGAGCAUAUGUCCCUGCUGUACCCGGUGGCCAUCCGCACCCUAUAGUCCUCACCCACCGCGAGCCGGGCUCGAGGACGCGUGCACCCGGGACCGGCCGGUCGCAGGGCCGAGCGCCGCCGUGCCGCGGACGGGCUCGCUCUGGCAGCCUGCGAGCCGGGCACGGCCGGCGCCACUGGGGAUCGCUGCGGUCGGACCCUCGUCCCGCUCGCUCGGGGGCUCCCGUGUGUCUCCCUAGGGACGCCCCCGGAGUGACGAGCUGAGCGGGGCUCGCCAGCCGCUGCCCUCGCCUGCCUCCGGGCAGAGCCGGGGGCGCAAGGACUGGAGCUGGCGCCUUGCGGAGGCCUGGGGGGGGUGCGACGGGCAGGAAAAUGGGGAUAAAUGUUCCGUUCCCAGGCCUGAGGUGCCUCUGUCAGGGUGCCUGGCUCUGCCCGCAGGCCAGGAGGCUGGCGGGGGAGAGGAGACCUGCAUGGGAGGCCAGGCCAGCGGUGGCCCCCACCCGCACGGGUGCUCGGUACUUGCUGCCGUCCUUUGCCAAAUGUAAAUAGUGACCAGUUUCAGCCGUACGUGCAGCACCACUGCCGAAUAAAGCGGUGCACGGUCGCCUCAUCCUCCGUGGGGACUGCGCGCCCAUGUCCCACCACCUCGAGCUGGGGACCGGUGUGGCAGUGUGGCGGGGAGGGGGACGUUAUUACACAGAAGCUCGGAGGAAAUUGAUUUUCCCUUCGCUGUUGCGUACACCAAGACCUGUGUGCCAGAGCAUCCAGGCAGCUCACUCGUCUGAGACACGGGACAAUCACAGAAUCAGAAUGUCCUGAGUUGGACCCACAAGGAUCGUCGAGUCCAACAAGGCGACGCCGGUGGUCACGUCCUCGCUCUGUCUGUGGGACCCUUUGCGGGCAGUGAUGAGCUGAUUUGGACCUGCUCGUUGUUCCCUGUGGAAGGAGGUGCUCUUUGGGAUCUUUUGCCUCCUCGUUUUCCUUCACCCCUCAUUAAGUCUUAGGCAAAAUCCCUGAAUUUCACAGAUCUCCCAUUCUGCUCCUCCUCUGAGUAUUUAGUGGCUCCAGUCCUGUUCUUUGUCUUCCUGACAGCUUGUCUUUGGGCCAGCUUGCUCCUUCUCUUCCUUUGGCUGAAGCUACAUCUGGUGCUCUGUAGCGUUUAACGCAUACCUUGCCUUUUAACCUCGUUCUUGGUGUUGUUUGCUACUGUACCCACACACGUACACGUUUCCUCCGUCUGCGCUUCAGGCUCAGCUCGGUCUCGCUGUUCCCCCUGCAGCGCGUCCCCUUUCCCUCCGCUCCCCGGUGCUCCCGCCGUGCUCAGCAGAGGGGGCGGCAGCGACACAUUCACCGCUGGACCAGCAAAACCUUUUGCAUCAGCAGAACAAAGCGCCUGGGGAGUCGGUGGGAUGCGCUAAGUGGUGGCUUGACGAAAGCUUUGUGGAGAGAGCUGCUCCUGCAGGUCUGAGGGGGGACGGGGGUGAUGGAUGGGACCACGGGGACCUCGUGUGGGGGAGCACCCACGCAGGAGCCCUGCUCUGCCAUCCAGGCUCUGGGGUUUUGCAGGCUGUAGCUGGGGAUUGCUGUCCUGGCGGCCGUCACGGCUCUGAGCUGCCGUGGGGACCCUUGGGCACAGCCUGGUUCGUGGGCGCAUGCGGUGGGGAGCCCACAGAAACCGUGGUGGUUGUUCCAGGAUGCUUCAGCCUCUGACACUCCUUAAAAGGCAGCAGUUUGGGCUUGUUGGGCGCCCGGUGUCUCCUUACAGCCCCGCUCACUGCUGGCAGCUCCCGGCUCCUCUCUCCAUCCCAGCGAGGCGUCUCGUCCGGCGGGGAUGGAGAGAGUUCCAGCUGCAGGGUUUUUCUCCUGGCAGUGCCGCACCAGAGCCUGUGGAAAGAGCUGGAGACGCGGAAAUCUGCAGAGAUGCUCUUGAGAUGCCCUUGCUGCAUUUAAAACGUUUCAAGGGCCCUCGGCAGCCCUGCCGUGCCCUGACCGCUGCAGCGCAGAGCUCGUCCCAGGGGAUGCUCUGCCCUUCCGUGGCUGUGGCUGGAAAAGCAGAGGCUUCUGGGUUCCGCGCAGCUGGGAAGCGAAGGCGCCGGGAGCCUCCCCACGUUGGGCUUUUUCUUGAGGAACUGGCAGGCAGCAGGCUGCCCAGCGGCCGGCGCUGGCGGUGCCGGUGAGCUCACAGCCCUGCGGUGACGUCCUGCCCAAGCAGGAGGGGUGUGAGACCCCUGUGCAGCACACCAGCUCCCCAGAAGCAGUCCCGGACCAGCAGGACUGCUCUGGAGCCGGGCUUUGUGUCCAAGUGCUUCAGCUAAGCAGCUCUUGGUCCUCCCUGUGGCAAUUACAUCCCUCCUCAGCCCUCUCUUCUCCAGGCUAAAGUCCCAGCUCCUCAAGCAUCUCCUUGUACCAUGUUCUCCAGCUCUGACCAUCCUAGUGACCCUCUGCAGGACUCUCUCCUUGUACUUGGGGGCCAAAACUGGACACGGUAUCUAGAUAUGGCCUCACCAAUGCCAAAUAAAGGGAAAUAACCACUUCCUUUGA